AUGGGAGAUCGGUUGUUUGACUACAAGAACAAAGGCAAGGCCGGCGAGCACCGCGGCAAGCGCCGUGAGUUUGCCGUGUCCCUGCGCAAGGACAAGAGGCGCGAGAAGCAGGAGAAGCGCCGUGACUUGGAGGAGUUCCAGCAGCAGGUGGAGCAGUUCACGCAAACAGACGUGGGUCAGGCCAUCCUUCAAUUGGCGCCACAAAUCCAGAACGACCUCGAUCAGAGCACACAGUUUGCUGCGCUCGUGCAGCUGCGGAAGCACCUCGCCAACAACAAAACCCUGCCCAUCCAGGCCACCAUCAACUCUGGCGUGCUGCCGAAGAUGGUGGAAAUGCUUGGGUGGGAUCAUGCCCCUGACACACAAUACGAGGCUGCUUGGGUCCUCACCAACGUAUCCUCCGGCGAGCCACACCAGACCAUGUCCGUUGUGGAGGCUGGAGCAGCACAGCCGCUGUGCCGAUUGCUGCUGUCACCCAUUGACCGUGUGAAGGAUCAGGCGUGCUGGUGUCUCGGCAACGUGGCUGGUGAUGGCGCGGAUCUCCGCGACAUGCUCAUUGAAGAGGGUGCACUCAACCAAUUUAUCAUCAUGCUCGGCGAGGAGACAAACCUGGACAUUUUGCGAAACGUGUCGUGGACACUGUCCAACUUCUUCAGGUGGCGCAACCCCCCUGCGCCAGCAGAGGCCAUGCAGCAGGCGCUGCCCGUGCUUGCCCACCGCGUUCGCACACAGGACCCGGAGGUGCUCGCAAACGUCUGCUGGUCAAUCUGCUACAUUGCCGAGGCGUUUGACGACUUUCUCGACCCCAUCUGCCGCGAGUUUGGGCCCCUCUUCAUCCAGAUUCUCAGCCUCGAGUCCCACAUGGCACAGCUCCCAGCGCUGCGUGCGCUCGGCAGCAUAACCGCUGGCGAGGACGAGCAGACGCAGGCUGUGAUUGACCUUGGCCUGCUCCCGCUAUGCCACCAGCUGUUCCACAGCAAGAAGGCAAACAUCCGCAAGGACACCUGCUGGACCCUCUCCAACAUCUGCGCAGGCAGCGAGGAGCAGAUUGAUGCCGUGAUUCACGAGAACCUGCUGACGGCGCUGGUGAACCUUGCGCUCGAGGACCCCGUGAGCAAGGUGCAGCAGGACGCCUCCUGGUGCCUGUGCAACAUCUGCACGCAGGGCCUGCCGCGCCACCGCGACUACGUGCUCAAGAGCGGCGGUCUCGACGCCAUUGCCCUUGUCCUCAACCUCAACAUGGACAAGAAGGCGCUGAAGGUGUUCCUUGAGGCCUUGGAGAUGCUGCUGCAGCGUGGCGAGCAGCUUGUCAACCAGCAGGAGUUUUCCAGCAACACUGUCGUCUCCCGCCUCGAAGAAAUUGGAUUCUUGGAUACGCUGUACCCGUUGAUUGACCACCAGGAUGCAGAAGUGAGCGCACAGGCAGCGUCGCUCUCAGACACGUUCUUCAGCGAAACGGAGCAAGAGAUUGAGGGCCUGGUUCCCCAACAAGGGGAUGGCAGGUACAUGUUCUCUCAGGACGCCGCUCGCGACAAGAACUUUGACAGCAUCUAA